AUGUGUAAGGUCCAGUUGAUCCUUGAAUAUUUUCUGGCUGCUGUUGUUGUCAUUCCUACGGCUGUAUGCCAAGUAAGUUUUACUUCUACCGGUGGUGACAAAGUCACUGGGGUUAUUGGUGGCUCUGUCAACUUUACUUGGGCCUUCACCGGAAAUGUUAGAAGAGCUCAGUUGGAGAGAAAAGAGGUACCAAAAAUAAGUUUGUCAUCUGCACAGAAAAAUUAUACUGAGGGAUCCUACGCACUUAUUGGUUGCACAGCAUCCGGAAAACCACAGCCGGACGUAACAUGGAUCAGAAAAGGAAUCGAGAUUAGUUCCGGAAAGGGGGCCGCUUUCUUGGUAAUCAACCUACGAAGAACAGAUGAAGGGCUUUAUACCUGUAGAGCCAACAACUCGGUCGAAAUUGCUUCAAAGGACACAACACUUUUGGUUCAUUAUCCUCCAACCAUUCAGGAAGUCACUCAAUCAACUAAGAAGUCUUGGAUUGGUCAGAUAGUUACGCUUAAUUGUUUGUCUGAUGGUGUUCCUACCCCAAUACUCACCUGGCACAGACCUGAUGGAAGCGAAGUGAAAAGAGUCAGAGCCAGAGAAAACAGAAUAAAAGUGAGACUGAGGGGUGAUGGAGAUUUUGGUGACUACAAGUGCAAUGCUACUAAUGGACUAUCUCCCUCUGAUAACAGAAUGAUAAAGAUGAGACAAAUUAAGACACCAGGCAUCCCAUCCAUUACAGUGGAGACUCAAGCCAGUUUAGUAACAGUUAGGUGGACUGCACCAACUAAUGAUGGAGGGAGUCCUAUCACAGCAUACCGAGCGAUCAUACUGAAGAGCGACAUUGAGAUAAAAAGUAUUAAUAUUACUGAUCCUGGUACAAAAAAUUACACUUUUGUUGGUCUGGAGAGAGAUACAGCCUACAUUGUGAAAGUCUUUGCAAGAAAUCGUGUGUUUGAAGGAUAUGCUGGUGCAAACAAAAUAUUGGCAAAGUUUGCGGGUAAGCAAUUUCAAUUUCUUCCCAUUGUUGGAUUCAUCAAGGUACAAAAGGAGGCAGUAGGAAACACAGAAUUUCGCUUGACAGCGACCGUAAAUGAGAGCUGUAGCAGACGUCUUCAAGUUGCAGCGAGGUUUCCAAAUGUGGCAUGUGAUCUGGUCGUCAAUCACGGCUGUUUAGCUGCCCUUACUGUGGAAAGUGUGGCAGUGUUCUCGUCGAUUUCAUAAUGUAUUUCAACCAAAGGGUAGCGGUUAAUGAGGUUUUGACCUCCUUGAGAGAUGCUGCUCUGCAGGACAAAUUCGGAGUCUUUAGAGUCGAUCCAGGGUCUAUCAAACAAAUUUCCUCCCCCACCGCACAAGGCCCUGAAGAAUGCAACCGUUCAUGCAAAGACGUCAUGUUUGCAGCCAUAAUUGGAGUCCUUGCGUUUCUUUUUGUGC